GAAGGUGGCAACAGCGCAGGAAACGGAGGAUCUGCGGAAGGUGGCAACAGCGCAGAGAACGGAGGAUCUGCGGAAGAUGGCAACAGCGCAGGGAACAGAGGAUCUGCAGAAGGUGGUAACAGCGUAGGAAACGGAGGAUCUACGGAAAAUGGGAACAGCGCAGAGAACGGAGGAUCUGCAGAAGAAGGAAACAGCGGCGCCGGCGGUGACGGCAACGCGAAUGGAGGAUCCGCAGAGGGGGGCAACAGCGGCGCCGGCGGUGAUGGCAACGCAAACAAAGGUUCCGCGGAAGAGGGUAACGGCGGCAACGGCGGUGACGGCAACGCAAACGGAGGAUCCGCGGAAGGAGGUAACAGCGGCGCCGGCGGUGACGGCGACGCAAACGAAGGAUCUGCAGAAGGAGGUAACGGCGGCGACGGCGGUGACGGCAACGCAAACGGAGGAUCCGCGGAGGGGGGCAACAGCGGCGCCGGCGGUGAUGGCAACGCAAACGGAGGUUCCGCGGAAGAAGGAAACAGCGGCGCUGGCGGUGAUGGCAACGCAAACGAAGGUUCCGCGGAAGAGGGUAACGGCGGCAACGGCGGUGACGGCAACGCAAAUGGAGGAUCCGCGGAAGGAGGUAACAGCGGCGCCGGCGGUGACGGCGACGCAAACGAAGGAUCUGCAGAAGGAGGUAACGGCGGCGACGGCGGUGACGGCAACGCAAACGGAGGAUCCGCGGAGGGGGGCAACAGCGGCGCCGGCGGUGAUGGCAACGCAAACGGAGGUUCCGCGGAAGAAGGAAACAGCGGCGCUGGCGGUGAUGGCAACGCAAACGAAGGUUCCGCGGAAGAGGGUAACGGCGGCAACGGCGGUGACGGCAACGCAAACGGAGGAUCCGCGGAAGGAGGUAACAACGGCGCCGGCGGUGACGGCGACGCAAACGGAGGAUCCGCAGAGGGGGGAAACAGCGGCGCUGGCGGUGAUGGCAAUGCGAACGGAGGUUCCGCGGAAGAGGGUAACGGCGGCAACGGCGGUGACGGCAACGCAAACGGAGGAUCCGCGGAAGGAGGUAACAGCGGCGCCGGCGGUGAUGGCGACGCAAACGGAGGAUCUGCAGAAGGAGGUAACGGCGGCGACGGCGGUGAUGGCGACGCAAACGGAGGUUCCGCGGAAGAGGGUAACGGCGGCGACGGCGGCGACGGCAACGCAAACGGAGGAUCCGCGGAAGGAGGUAACAGCGGCGCCGGCGGUGACGGCGACGCAAACGGAGGAUCCGCAGAGGGGGGAAACAGCGGCGCUCGGCGGUGAUGGCAAUGCGAACGGAGGUUCCGCGGAAGAGGGUAACGGCGGCAAUGGCGGUGACGGCAACGCAAACGGAGGAUCCGCGGAAGGAGGUAACAGCGGCGCCGGCGGUGAUGGCGACGCAAACGGAGGAUCUGCAGAAGGAGGUAACGGCGGCGACGGCGGUGAUGGCGACGCAAACGGAGGUUCCGCGGAAGAGGGUAACGGCGGCGACGGCGGCGACGGCAACGCAAACGGAGGAUCCGCGGAAGGAGGUAACAGCGGCGCCGGCGGUGACGGCGACGCAAACGGAGGAUCCGCAGAGGGGGGAAACAGCGGCGCUGGCGGUGAUGGCAAUGCGAACGGAGGUUCCGCGGAAGAGGGUAACGGCGGCAACGGCGGUGACGGCAACGCAAACGGAGGAUCCGCGGAAGGAGGUAACAGCGGCGCCGGCGGUGAUGGCGACGCAAACGGAGGAUCUGCAGAAGGAGGUAACGGCGGCGACGGCGGUGAUGGCGACGCAAACGGAGGUUCCGCGGAAGAGGGUAACGGCGGCGACGGCAACGCAAACGGAGGAUCCGCGGAGGGGGGAAACAGCGGCGCUGGCGGUGAUGGCAAUGCGAACGGAGGUUCCGCGGAAGAGGGUAACGGCGGCAACGGCGGUGACGGCAACGCAAACGGAGGAUCCGCGGAAGAGGGAAACAGCGGCGCUGGUGGUGAUGGCGACGCAAACGGAGGUUCCGCGGAAGAGAGUAACGGCGGUGACGGCGGCGACGGCAACGCAAACGGAGGAUCCGCAGAGGGGGGAAACAGCGGCGUCGGCGGUGAUGGCAAUGCGAACGGAGGUUCCGCGGAAGAGGGUAACGGCGGCAACGGCGGUGACGGCAACGCAAACGGAGGAUCCGCGGAAGGAGGUAACAGCGGCGCCGGCGGUGACGGCGACGCAAACGGAGGAUCUGCAGAAGGAGGUAACGGCGGCGACGGCGGUGAUGGCGACGCAAAUGGAGGUUCCGCGGAAGAGGGUAACGGCGGCGACGGCGGCGACGGCAACGCAAACGGAGGAUCCGCGGAGGGGGGAAACAGCGGUGCUGGCGGUGAUGGCAAUGCAAACGGAGGUUCCGCGGAAGAGGGUAACAGCGGCAACGGCGGUGACGGCAACGCAAACGGAGGAUCCGCGGAAGGAGGUAACAGCGGCGCCGGCGGUGACGGCGACGCAAACGGAGGAUCUGCAGAAGGAGGUAACGGCGGCGACGGCGGCGAUGGCAACGCAAACGGAGGAUCCGCGGAAGGAGGUAACAGCGGCGCCGGCGGUGACGGCGACGCAAACGGAGGAUCUGCAGAAGGAGGUAACGGCGGCGACGGCGGCGACGGCGGUGACGGCAACGCAAACGGAGGAUCCGCGGAAGAGGGAAACAGCGGCGCUGGCGGUGAUGGCGACGCAAACGGAGGUUCCGCGGAAGAGGGUAACGGCGGCGACGGCGGCGACGGCAACGCAAACGGAGGAUCCGCGGAAGGAGGUAACAGCGGCGCCGGCGGUGACGGCGACGCAAACGGAGGAUCUGCAGAAGGAGGUAACGGCGGCGACGGCGGUGAUGGCGACGCAAACGGAGGUUCCGCGGAAGAGGGUAACGGCGGCGACGGCAACGCAAACGGAGGAUCCGCGGAGGGGGGAAACAGCGGCGCUGGCGGUGAUGGCAAUGCAAACGGUGGUUCCGCGGAAGAGGGUAACGGCGGCAACGGCGGUGAUGGCAACGCGAAUGGAGGAUCCGCGGAAGGGGGAAAUAGCGGCGCCGGCGGUGACGGCAACGGAAACGGAGGUUCCGCGGAAGAAGGUAACGGCGACGACGGCGAUGACGGCAACGCAAACGGAGGAUCCGCGGAAAAUCGAAACAGCGGCGCUGGCGGUGACGGCAACGCGAACGGAGGUUCCGUGGAAGAGGAAAACAGCGGAGCUGGCGGUGACGGCAACGCAAACGGAGAAUCUGCGGAAAGGGGUAACAGCGGCGCCGGCGGUGACGGCGAUGCAAACGGAGAAUCUGCAGAAGGAGGAUCUGCGGAUAGAGGUAACAGUGGCACCGGCGGUGAGGGCGCCACUACAGGUGGGUCUGCGGAACGAGGCAACGACGACGGGGUUAGCGAAGGAGGUGAGGGUGCCCGGACAGGCGAGUCUGCAGAGCAAGACAACGACAACGGGGCUAGCGAGGGAAGUAAGGGCCCCCGGACAGGCGGGUCUGCGGAGCGAGGCAACGACGACGGAGUUAGCGGCCCAGAUGGGAGCGACAACAAACGGGAUAACUCUGGAACCGAAAAUGCAGCUGAUGGAAACGAUAGCAUUGCCGAUGCCGAGGAUAGAAACAACAGCGUACCCGAGAAUGACAUUAGAAACAAUAGCACACCCGAAGGUAGCGAUGAAAACCAUUUCGCACCCAAUGAUGGUGAUGGAGGAAACCCCCCACUCAAUGAAGACGAUGGAAGCAACAUUGCAACCAUUGGUGGGAAUGGAAUUAGCACGACGAAUGAUAACAAUGGAGACAGCAACACAGUUAAUAAUGGCUAUAAAAACAACAGCACAUCUGAUAAUGGCAAUGGCGACAACGACAACAAUAACAAUUUUGGUGAUAACAAUGUAGAAGCUUAGACGAUUAGACUAAUUAUUAAUUUGGACUAAAAAAAUUUUGCUAUAUGCAUCUUAUUUAAUGUCGAAAUAUGUAACAAUUAUGAUAUAUACUCUUAUAUGUAUAUAAAAUAUAAUAUAAAGACAAAAUUGCAUUA